UUUUUUUUUUGGGUGGGAGACUUCGGGGUGAUACUUUUCCCUUCACCCCUCCCCCCCCACGUCGCCGCUAUGGCGGUUGGGAGUCUCCCUCGCGCCCAACUGCUGCAUCUGCGGGGAAUACGAGGCGCCCCUCUUCCCUUCCUGGCGCGCUCCGAAUGGGUGUAACCCGGAAGGAGCCUCUGGAACCGGAAACGCCCCCAAUAAUUUCUUCCCCCCCUCCCCCGCCUUUCUCCAGCGCCCCCUCCUGGCUUGUUUCCCCCCCUCAUUCAUCAUUUGCUUCUCCACCGUCCAUAGUUCUUAUAUAUAGGUGCUUCCUUGUCUCCUUUUCAAAGCAGCCUCACAGGCUCCAGUUCCCUCCGUCCUGGUUAUUUUAGGACUUCGUUGGGCAAAAGGAUUCCCUUCACAUUCCUUGUCUUGUCUUCGCCUUCCCUCUGCAGGAUUGUCCACUUCCAUAAUAAUCUCGUCUGCUGGUAGCUCACCCUGUCAAAGCCUGCAUUUGCCAUAGCAGCCCUUCUCUUCUGGUCGUCGUUUAUUUUGUUUUUAAAUAACUUUUGUUUUUCCACUCUGUGGAUUCUUCCCAAUUCAACGGUGCCUUGCAGCGAUGCCUCCAUCUCAGCAAGAUUCCUGGCUGUGAAGAGCUACUCGUUUCCAAUAUUUAAUGUAGGGCCCGGCAACACCAUGUCUGAACUGAAAGAUUGUCCCCUUCAAUUCCACGAUUUCAAGUCUGUGGACCAUCUCAAAGUGUGCCCACGCUAUACGGCGGUACUGGCCCGUUCUGAAGACGAUGGCAUUGGCAUUGAAGAACUUGACACGUUACAGUUAGAGCUUGAAACAUUGCUGUCAUCUGCAAGCCGCCGACUUCGGGUGCUGGAGACUGAAACCCAGAUUUUGACAGACUGGCAAGACAAGAAAGGAGACAGGCGAUUUCUGAAAAUUGGCAAGGACCAUGAGGUGGGUCCUUCUAUCAAACAUAGCAAGCUCAAGAAGCAGAAGCUAGAUGUGAAAGGAAGCCACAGCACUCCAGGACGUCCCAAAUCCAAGAACCUGCAGCCUAAAAUUCAAGAGUAUGAAUUCUCAGAUGAUCCAAUUGAUGUGCCCCGUAUCCCUAAAAAUGAUGCACCUAACAGAUUCUGGGCCUCAGUGGAGCCAUACUGUUCUGAUCUCACUAAUGAGGAGGUUCGUACUUUAGACGAUCUUCUCAAGCCACCUGAAGAUGAAGCUGAACACUACAAGAUUCCACCAUUAGGAAAGCAUUACUCCCAGCGCUGGGCUCAGGAAGACCUGCUGGAAGAGCAGAAGGAUGGAGCUCGGGCUGCAGCUACUGCUGAUAAGAAGAAAGGCAUCUUGGGACCUUUGACCGAACUGGACACUAAGGAUGUUGAUGCUUUGUUGAAGAAAUCGGAGUCCCAGCAUGAGCAGCCAGAGGAUGGGUGCCCUUUUGGACCUCUCACCCAGCGCCUCCUACAGGCACUUGUAGAAGAGAACAUCAUCUCCCCUAUUGAAGAUUCGCCUAUUCCUGAGAUAGCAGGCAAAGACUCUGCAAUUGAUGGUGCCAGCACUUCCCCUCGCAGCCAGAACAAGCCCUUCAGUGUGCCCCACACAAAAUCUCUCGAAGGCCGCAUCAAGGAAGAGCUGAUAGCUCAAGGCCUGCUGGAGUCAGAGGACCGGCCGGCAGAGGACUCGGAGGACGAAGUGUUAGCUGAGCUGCGGAAGAGACAGGCUGAGCUCAAGGCGUUAAGUACCCACAACCGGACCAAGAAAGUUGAGCUGCUCAGGCUGGCCAAAGAAGAACUUCACAGGCAAGAACUGCGUCAACGCGUGCGCAUAGCUGACAACGAAGUCAUGGAUGCCUUCCGCAAGAUCAUGGCUGCCCGGCAGAAGAAGCGCACCCCAACUAAGAAGGAAAAAGAUCAAGCUUGGAAGAGCCUCAAGGAGCGUGAGAGCAUCCUUAAGCUGCUAGAUGGUUAAUGCCACAAGACGCCCGGCCGAGCUUCUCCGUUUGAACCCUAAUAGAGACCCCGGCUGAAGGGGAGACAUCAGCCGCAGGUGUAGACUAUAGCAGCCUCCCUCACUGGUUUGUCAUCACUCCUCUUGCAUUAUUUCAGCCGAGACUCUGGAUAGGUUGGUUUCCCAGCAGUAUGCCUUCUCUUUUUGGGGUGUGGCUUUGAGCCCAGUGAUGGGCUGUGAAAUGAGCAUCCGGAUUGCUUAAAGCAGCAGUCCCUCUUUCGACAUCUACAGGGACAAGUUAACGCUGCAGUGUGAAGGAACAAAAUCUUUUAUUAGUCUUAUGUACCAAAUACCAGGUUUUGGGAUCUGUCAGCAGCAUAAACUGGAACCGAUGGUUCUUGAAGUUAGAUUUUUUCCCCCUUUCCUACUGCCGCUCUUCCUUUAUUCGUGUCAAGGAAAACAGCACCUUGAAAGCUAUAGGCACAGCGAAGGUCAACUGUGGGAGCAUCAUUUCUUAAAGGCCUGUCAUUUCUUGCAAAGUUUGGGAACGAUUUAUUGACUCUGUGGCUGCACCGGACGUAUCUCAUCAGCAACUAGGGCUGAGCUAAGUUGAAACAGCCAGGGAAGUUUUUGAGGCGUGGGUAGAAUUGCUGUUCUAUGGGUGGUUUAAGUAGAUGCCUGUCAUAUUUGUAGAGGGAACGGUGUGCCUCCUCCUGCAUUUCACUGUUCAAACAGAGUUACAAUCCAAACCCUGUCAAGGAUGUGGUCUGCACUACUUGGCUGGAUAUAUUUUUGCAAGGCAGCUAUGAAGUCUUUACUUCCUAUUUUGCUCAUUGUCUUCCUGCGGUGGCAUUGAGGGUUGCACGUUCUCCCUUCUAUAGCCCCCUAGAAAGGAGUUGUCCUCCAUGGAAACAAACAGAGAAAAUGCUAGUGGGUUCUGAAGCAAAAGGCUGAGCAAUUAGAACAUUCAAAUGGUCCAAGGAAGGGAAAGGAUUUCGGUGGAACAGACUGAGUGACCCAAUCUCGCCCCAUACCAAUUCCGGAAACACACAGUUCAGUAUCAAAAUUGCAGAUGGCUAGCAGUGCAUUAAGGAAACACAAGGUGGUAGGAUGGUAGUGGGAAGGAGAGAUUCCUUCCUCCCCCGGAAUCUAUAUUUUAACUCAGCCUCACUCAAAAAACUCCAAGAAAGUGAGAAAAUAAGCUGGGAAGAAGCUUUAACCAAAAGUCUUUCAUAAAAAGAGAUACGAAGGAAUAGAUCUUCCGUGGGUCAUUCACAAGGCAGGGCAAUGAACCACUGUGCCUCUCAUGGUUCUUUCCUGCAGGCUGCAUAUGGGUCAAAUCCAUUUGGAGGGCACUUCUUUCCACCAGCCAUUUAGCAGGCAAACUCUAUGAAACUCUGGCGGAUUGGUGAUGAAAGAGCAGAAGGACGAGAGGAGGCCACCUGCGUCUCUUCCUCACUUGGGUACAGAUAAAUCAUCCCCCCAGGGGCCUGCUUGUCUUCAUCCAAAAGCAAUGUGCAUUUUAGUCUGCCUGCCUGUCCAUCUCUUCCUUGAUUAAUUUCACCUUCUGGCCUCAGGGCUCUUUUUGUAUCCUCAACUGUUCCAGGAUGACUAUGUUCACUCUCCUCACUGAAAUGGAUCAUAAUACAGUGCUGUUAUGGAGUGGGGGCAAUUAAUGAAUUCUGUGAAGAAGAGGCUUGAGCACAUGGCUUGAGCACAUGUUCGCAUUUGCCUUGGAUUAUAUCUGCCUCUGUUGUAUGGACAGACUUCUUCCACCACUAACAGUCUUCAAAGAUGGACUGAUCACUCCCAGUUUUCUUACUAAGCAUACAAUGCCUUUUUUAACCCUCUUCCCCAGUUUGGACUACCUUUGGCUUCCCCGUUUACCAGCAAGUUUCAACAUUCGGUCCGUUGUGAGAAGACUUUUCAAACUCCGUUGCUUUGAAGAAAAAAAAAAACUUAAAUGGCUUUUCGGGUAAGAGACGGAAAAUAAAAAUACGUCUGUGAUAAAAGGAUGCUAGGUACAAGAGCUGGCGUUUGGAGAAAAGAUCAGAAUUGACCCCAAAGAAUUAAUAAAUCCAGGAGCCAACUGGUA